AUGAGUAAAAGAGAAGGGCUGCUGAUAACCAACAUUCUGAAUGGGUAUAGACGUCAGGAUAAAGCAUUAGAGCCAGAUCGGGAGCCAGAAACAGAACGGGAACCUGACUCUACCAUUGAUGACAUAGCUAUUGACCCAGCAUUAACGGAUGAUGUUGAGGAAGUACCGUCAUCGCCCUUACGCGAUUUUGACGAACAACCAAUAGCGGUCUCUUCUCAGAUCAGCGAGACUAUUGAAACAAACCCUAAGAAGAGAGUAAAUCUAAAAACACUAUUAUCAGGAUACUCGAAGAAACCGAAACAAGAGUCAAAGCAAGAGCCAAAGCAGAGAUCUACACAACAAGAACAAUAUACACGCAGCGGUGUAAGCGACAUAAUAGUGGUGGAAGAAUCACCGGUCAAAUCCAAAUCGAAUGUUCAUGUAAUAUCGGAUUCUGUAGACUCAAAUUCAAAUUUAACGGCUGCUAAAAACUCAAAUAUUGCUUCAUUCUUAAAUAUGGAGAGAGGGACAGCGCAGAAACGUAGCAAAAUUUCAAAGCAGAAGGAGGCUCCGGCGCGUUUCCCAAAAAUACAGCACACCCCUAGAUACCAUUUUGAAGAUUAUAGGCCUUUACAAUUGCAGAGGAAAAAAACUCUAAAGAAUGAAACAAAAUGGAGCUUUGAUGAAUCGGAAUAUGUAUCAUUUUUCAAUGCCACCAAGGAUCAUGAACUCCCAGCAGAUUCUGAUAUGUUCGAGCCUAUAUCAUAUUUGGACGAUACAACGAAUACGCAAUUAUGGACAUCUCUCUUUAAGCCAAAGACCCUAGAGGAUGUUUUGAUAGACGCUGAUACGAAAUUUAACGUCAAACAAUGGUUUGAUAAAGCAUUUGAACUUCUUACUAAAAAAACUGAUAGAUCAGCAUUGUACAGCCGCAAAAUAGAAGCAGAAUUGGACAAUUUCAUUGUGGAUAAUUCUUUCUUAGGGUCAGAUGAUGAUAGUACAGUUACUCCAUUUAUACCUCUCAUUAUUUUGUAUGGAGACGUGGGUAAAAACACCUUAGUUGAUGUCAUAAUGACGGAAAAUGAUGCUCAAGUGUUUGAGAUUAAUUGCUCCAUGAAUAGAGCUAAAAAAGAUAUAUAUGAAAUGUUGCAUGACUUUGCAACAACGAAAUAUGUCAAGGAUACCCGCUCCAAGGGAAUAAUUCUUUUCGAUGACGUGGAUGUGCUCCUGACAGAAUCAGAUAAAUUCUUUUGGAAUUCAGUACAUGCUACUUUACUGGUUUCCAGAAGGCCAGUUGCAAUUACAUGCAGAGAUUACAGAUUCAUACCUUCAAAUCUAUUAGAAAUAGCUGAGGAACAAAAUUCGAUAUUUAACAUUAAAACCUCCUCUAAGAAACAAGUUAAAAAUUACCUACGGAGAUGCCUACAGCAAAAAGGUAUAGAAGUCGACAACAAUACACUAAACUUGGUGAUUAAGCGAAACAAUUUCGAUAUUAGGAAAUGCUUAAUGGAUUUACAAUGGAUUUGUACGAAACCGGGGGCACCUAUAGUUCGAGAACAUAAUGAAUUAAUUCAAAAGGAAAAUAGCGGAAAUGAAACGAACGACAUAAAGAACAUUACGGAUGCAUACUCGAGAUUGGAACUUACCUCUAGUUAUGAUUUCAUAGUAAGCAACAUAGAAGGGAAGUCCUUCUUGAAAGGAGAAAGAGAUCCAACACUAAAUUACGCAAAGCAUCAAUUUGAAAGUGAUCAGGAUACUAUUUAUGACAUAAUAUGGGACUUUGCUGAGUACCUUUGGGACCCUAAUCAUAAUAAUCUCUUGCCAUGGGAAAAGCAAGUGUAUUCAUCAAUUCAGGAGAAAAGUAGGCAACUAUUAGAAAUGAAAGGAAUAGAAGAUGAUACCAGUUCUGUAUCUCAAGACAGACUCUCUAUGUGCAUGGAAGAAAUGUUCAAAUUUUUAAGGACUAGAGUUAACACCUUCCCGCAAGGAAAUAUUCUAAAUAUGGUUGGGACCACAAGAAGCUCAAGAAGAAAAACUGCAAAACUCAAAGACUAUAGACUCAAGUCUGAAGAUGAAGAUGAUAGUUUCGAUUAUGAGUCCAUGAAAAUGGCCCAAAGGGAGUUCCAUGCCACGCAUAAGUCGAAAGAUAUCGGAUCAUUAUAUCUUCCCACAGUUUAUCAGAUUGCAUAUAAUGAAUCUGAGAUUAAAAGGAAGAACAUUUCAUUGUUCAACAGGCUUAAAGAGCACCAUGGGCCAGAUUGUAAUGCGAAUGACAUAAUCAACGAAAUGGUAACCAAAAGACUUAUAUUAGCGGCAUACUAUAAAGGAUCUCCGCAGCCCUUUAUAGAUGCAUAUAUAUAG